AUGGCAUCACAUUCUUUGCAACAAGAAAAAGGCAAUCAUGGUGAUGAUACUAAAAAUAUUGUGUUGAAAAAAGGAAAAUGGCUACCCGAAGAAGAUGCAUUAUUAAGAGAUUAUGUGGAAAAAUAUGGAGCUAAAAAAUGGGAUAAAGUACGAGAGAAAAUAAAACUCAAUAGAGAUGGAAAAAGUUGUCGUUUUAGAUGGUUAAAUAGUCUAAAACCAAGUUUGAAAAGAGAUCCAUUUAGUGAAGAAGAAAUACAAAAACUUGUUCGUAUCUAUUGUGAGUUAGGACCUAAAUGGUCUCAAAUGGUUUCACAGUUUCCUGGAAGAAUCGAUAACGAGUUAAAGAAUUUUAUUAAUUCAAAAACAAGAAUUUUAAAAAAAUCUAGAAAGUUCUCCUUUUCAGAGAGCAUAAACAAUAUUGAUGACUUGAUUGAGAGUGUGAUGAGGGGUUCUAGUAACCAAGAAAAUAACGUCUCUCAAAAAGAAGAAAUGGCUCUACCAAGAGUAGAAUUUGAUCAUCAAGAUAUUAUGCAAGAUAAUUAUCUAGAUCAAUUUUAUUAUGAGGAAAAUAUCAACUUUAAACCACUUUCAACGUUGGUUGAUGAUUCAAAUAUGAUAUACAAUAAUGUGGGAAGCUCUCCUUUAGGCAAUCAUAUUGUUCCAACAUUGAAUGAUAGGUUUCCUACACUCCCGCAAAGUUCAUACUUUCAAGAUAAGGAAAAUAUCAACUUUGAACCACUUCAAAAGUUGGAUGAUAAUUCUAAUAUGUUAUAUAAUAAUGUGGAAACUACUUCUUUAUCCAUUAAACCAGAUCUUCUUACACCCCUAGAAUGUUCACACAUUCAAAAUAAGGAAGAUACACGUCCAUCAUUUACAUGA